GUGACUUAUGUCAAUUUAAUUCAGAGAUCUACUAAACGAGUAACUUUACUUUUUGAUUGUACCUUUGAGCUUUGGCUAAAUUUGAUCAUGGCUUCUUCGCCGUCCUCUCCCAAAUCGCCGACGACUCCGAAAUCUCCCUCUUCCAGAAAAAAAGAUGACUCGUUCCUGGGAAAACUUGGAGGAACUUUAAUAAGAAGAAAGAAAGCAAAAGAAGUUUCUGAGCUCCAGGAGGAAGGGAUGAACGCCAUCAACCUGCCCCUGAGCCCCAGUCAAUAUGAACUGGACCCAGAAGACACUGUGUUAGAGGAGAAUGAGGUCCGCACCAUGGUCGACCCCAACUCCAAGAACGACAGCAAACUACAGGAACUCCAGAAGGUGCUGAUCGACUGGAUCAAUGAUGUGUUGGUAGGAGAGAGGAUCAUCGUGAAGGACCUGGCUGAAGAUCUAUACGACGGGCAGGUUCUGCAGAAACUCUUUGAGAAGCUGGAGGGGGAGAAGCUGAACGUGGCUGAGGUGACCCAGUCAGAGAUCGCCCAGAAGCAGAAGCUACAGACGGUUCUGGAGAGGAUCAACGACUCCAUCAAGAUCUCCGCCAGGAGCAUCAAAUGGAACGUGGACUCUGUACAUGCUAAGAGUAUAGUGGCCAUUCUUCACCUGUUGGUGGCGCUGUCUCAACACUUCAGAGCACCAAUCAGACUUCCUGACCACGUGUCCAUCCAAGUAGUGGUGGUUCAGAAAAGGGAAGGAAUUCUUCAGUCCCGCCAGAUUCAGGAGGAGAUCACAGGCAAUACAGGGGCUUUAUCUGGGAGACAUGAGCGAGAUGCUUUCGACACCCUGUUUGACCAUGCUCCAGACAAGCUCAAUGUGGUGAAAAAGACUCUCAUCACCUUUGUGAACAAACACUUGAACAAGCUCAAUCUGGAGGUGGCUGAACUGGACACACAGUUUGCUGACGGUGUUUACCUGGUUCUGCUGUUGGGACUGCUGGAGGGCUACUUUGUUCCGCUCUAUAAUUUCUUCCUGACACCUGAGAACUUUGAGCAAAAGGUGUACAACGUGUCCUUCUCCUUUGAGCUGAUGCAAGAUGGAGGUCUGGAGAGACCCAGACCCAGGCCUGAAGAUAUUGUGAACUGUGACCUCAAGUCCACGCUGAGGGUGCUGUAUAAUCUCUUCACCAGAUACAGAAAUGUGGACUGAAUGUGGUGUUGUGGGCACUCAUUUUACUGGUAAAUAUU